CUCGUACAACUCUCUAUUUCAGAUGCCUCGACUAAAGUUCCAACCUCAUUACUUCCAAAGGUGUUGUGGAAACACAUCCCAACAAAGGUGUUUGCUUUUUGUUGGAAACUUCUUUAAGAUAGGAUUCCUACAAAAGAUAACUUCAUCAAAAUUAACAUUGUGGUUGGUUUCAAUGAUUCAUCUUGCAUCCUCUGCUAUAGUCUUGAAACAACCCUCCAUUUGAUGCUUGAGUGUCAAUUUGCCACUCAAAUCUGGAAAUUAAUGUGUACAUGGUUGAGCUGUGAUCUAAUCAUAUCUCCGAAUUUGUGCAAUCAUUUUGACUACUUUAUUAUGAAAGGACAUGGAGAUGGAGAAAAAGGUAUACAACUGAAUUUGGCAAUGCAAAGUUUGGAUGAUAUGGAAGACGAGAAAUGAACUUAUUUUCAAGGAAGUUAAUUCGAAUAUCAACAAGAUUGUGGAAGGUGUAAAGAUUAAUUUUUGAAGAUGACUUCGUGACCCUUUUGUUAUUCAGUUACAUAUUGAUGUUUUUAUCCGAAAGCUUGUAUUUUUUUUAAUCUGUAAUGCUUUUGUUAUUUUGCUUUAUGUAAGGGAUGAGUACCCCUGCCCUGUGUACUCUUGAAAUCUUGAUUUAUACUAUAAUUUCCUACGUUGAUCUUUCAAAAAAAAGAAAAAGAUAUAGACUUGAGGGAACUUUAUCGAUGCAAAGUCUGUUAAUGCCCAAAGGAGUUGCUAUCAGUAUACUACUAUCACAUUCAGAGCACCUAAAUUAGUGUCUCCCAUCUCAAUUUCGUUCUCUCCAAAUCGCUGCUUAGAAAUGGCGCCAAAGAAGGAUCAUCAAAAGCGUAAGGCAUCGUCAUCGAAGGGGAAGGCCUCCUCCUCCACCGGUCCCAAGCUCCAAUUAUCGGCCGAGAAUGAGAACCGCCUCCGCCGCCUUCUUCUCAGCUCUGGAAGACCGGGUGCUUCUCUGGCGCCAUCCGAAGACAUUCUUUCUCUCUCUAAAGAGCAGAGAGCAAAAAGGCUCCGCUCGGUCUAUGAGAAGCUGUCUUGCGAGGGGUUCAAAGAUGACCAAAUUGAACUCGUUCUCUCCAUUCUGAAGGAGAGUGCAACAUAUGAGGCUGCUUUAGACUGGUUGUGCCUAAAUAUACCGGGGAAUGAGCUUCCGCCGAAGUUUUCAAGUGGGGGUUCACUGAGUACAAGCAUUGGUUCCGUGGGCGUCAUAUCAACUGCUCGUGAGGAUUGGGUCCCAUCGAAGGAUUCACUUCCAGAUCCAGUUGGGGAAAAGGAACAAGGUUCACUUAAGAUUAAGGAGCUGAGAGAUGAUGCAAUUCUAGAUUCUGCUCAGCGUUCCCAAGCAGACUGGAUUCGUCAAUACAUGGAACGGCAGGAAGAGGAUGAAUCUGAUUCUCUGGAUAUGUAUUCAAUGGAAAAUGCUUCCUCAGAGAAGGCCUUGGAACCAAGGAGCAAUUAUGAGUCUAUUAUUGAUGAUUACAAUGCAGCUAGGCUGCAAGCUGCAAAUGCCAAAGAUAGAGGCGAUAAGAAAAGCCAGGAAGAGGCAGGAUUUAUCAUUCGGAAACUAAAGAAGGAGAUAUCAGCCCUAGGACUAUCAGUUGAUAUCUUGGAAUCUGGAUACGUAAGUUCUUCCCAUGGUGUUGCUGAGGAUAAAGGACAAGAAUAUGUCCUUUCAGGUAACUCUGGAGGCAAUGCUGCUAAUAAAUGUGACAAUGUAGAUAAAACAGAGCUUAGGGUUCAACUUGAUCAAAUGGGACUUGAUAGCUCUAACUUGCAUGAACACUCAUCUGGUACUGCUUCUGUAAGCAUCAACAUGCAAAGUGGAGAUGCUUUGGACGAGAAAUCAGACGACGUAGAACUUGGUGAUUUCUUUUUGGAAGACGGUUCAUUGGAUCAAGUCUUACCUCAUGAGAUAUUGGAAGAACAAAAGAGAGAGAAAAUGAGAGAACUUUGUAGUGAGAAAAAUUUAGAGAAAAUGGAAGGGAUCUGGAAGAAGGGAGAUCCAAAAAGGAUUCCAAAGGCUGUCCUUCACCAACUUUGCCAAAGAUCAGGGUGGGAUGCACCAAAAUAUGACAAAGUUUCUGGUAAAGGGAGCAGUUCUGGUUACUCUAUCAGUGUGCUGCAGAAAGCUAGAGGGAGGGGUAAAAGUAGAAUAGCUGGAGGGUUGACAACAAUUCAGCUUCCGCGUCAGGAUGAAAUUUUGAAUACACCAGAGGAUGCACAAAAUAGAGUUGCAGCUUAUGCACUCCAUUGUCUCUUUCCAGAUCUGCCGGUUCAUUUUGCACUUCUAGAGCCAUACAGUUCACUUGUACUGAAAUGGAAGGAAGGAGAUCUGUUUGCAACUUUAAAAGAUGAACGCGAAGAUAGAAGGGCUGGUUUUUUGGAUUCAUUGUUGACUGCAGACAAUGCUGAGAUUCCUAUUAAGACCGAACGCCGUGUUGAGGCUGAACAUCAAGAAAAGACACAAAUGCCCGUUAAUAAUGCUGGUGGCAUGGGCAGCAAUAAGCAUGCUGAAAGUGCUUACCUGAAGAAGAAACAAGAAUGCAAGAAGGAAAUGAGAAAGUACAAGGUGAUGUUGCAAACAAGAUCUAGCCUCCCUAUUGCUGAGUUGAAAGACGAAAUUCUGCACUUACUUGAGGAAAAUAAUGUUGUGGUUAUUUCUGGAGAGACAGGCUGUGGAAAGACAACUCAGGUCCCGCAGUAUAUAUUAGACCACAUGAUUGAAGCAGGACUUGGUGGUCAUUGUAAUAUAAUUUGCACUCAGCCAAGGAGAAUCGCGGCCAUAUCUGUUGCUGAAAGAGUUGCUAAUGAGCGUUGUGAAUCCUAUCCAGGAUCAGAUGAUUCCUUGGUUGGUUAUCAAGUUCGUCUUGAUAGUGCCAGGAAUGAAAGAACAAAGCUUCUUUUUUGUACGACUGGCAUUCUCCUGCGGAUGAUAUCGGGUAACAAUGACUUAGCUGAUAUUAGCCAUGUCAUAGUCGAUGAAGUUCAUGAGCGGUCUAUCCUGGGGGAUUUUCUGCUCAUUAUUUUGAAAAAUCUGAUUGAGAAGCAGCAAAACACUUGGGGAAAAUCAAAGUUGAAGAUUAUUCUUAUGUCAGCAACAGUUGAUUCACACUUAUUUUCUCAGUACUUUGGUAAUUGUCCUGUGGUUACUGCUCGAGGGCGAACUCAUCCUGUGUCUACCCAGUUUCUUGAGGAUAUAUAUGAGAUUUUGAACUACCGCCUUGCUUCAGACUCACUUGCGUCCAUAGAUAAUGCAAUAUCUGGGUUUCGGAAGAGUGCUCCUGUUGGUGAGAGAAGAGGAAAGAAAAAUCUUGUUUUAUCUGGCUGGGGCGAUGAGUCCUUACUUUCUGAGGAAAUUAUUAAUCCAUAUUACAUUGAAGGCGAUUAUCUAAAUUACAGCGAGCAGACCCGCCAAAAUUUGAAAAGAUUAAAUGAAGAUACUAUUGAUUAUGAUCUACUGGAGGACCUGGUAUGCCAUAUUGAUGAAACCUAUGGUGAGGGGGCCAUACUAGUCUUUUUACCGGGAGUUGCUGAAAUAAAUAUGCUACAAGAUAGACUUGCUGCUUCUCGCCAAUUUGGAGGACAUUCAUCUGAAUGGCUUCUUCCACUGCAUUCAUCUGUAGCAUCCGAGGAUCAAAGGAAGGUGUUUUCAAAUCCUCCUGAUAACAUACGGAAGGUUAUUAUUGCCACAAAUAUUGCAGAAACAAGCUUAACUAUAGAUGACAUUGUAUAUGUGGUAGACUGUGGAAAGCAUAAGGAGAAUCGUUAUAAUCCGAAUAAGAAACUAUCGAGCAUGGUGGAAGAUUGGAUAUCUCAAGCAAAUGCUAGGCAACGGCGAGGAAGAGCUGGUCGUGUGAAACCUGGAGUUUGCUUUUGUUUGUAUACGAGGCACAGAUAUGAAAAACUAAUGCGCUCAUAUCAGAUCCCUGAGAUGUUGAGAAUGCCACUGACAGAGUUAUGUCUGCAAGUAAAAUUGCUUUCUCUCGGUUCCAUAAAGCAAUUUUUGUCUAAGGCUCUGGAACCUCCAAGGGAAGAAUCUAUUGCAUCAGCAGUUUCCUUGCUCUAUGAGGUUGGUGCCAUUGAAGGAAAUGAAGAGUUGACUCCUCUUGGUUAUCAUCUGGCUAGACUCCCAGUUGAUGUAUUGAUUGGAAAGAUGAUCUUAUAUGGUGGAAUAUUUGGAUGUUUGUCUCCUAUCCUGACUAUUUCAGCAUUCUUGAGCUAUAAGUCACCAUUUGUGUAUCCGAAAGAUGAGAGGGAAAAUGUUGAAAGAGCAAAGUUGGCUUUGUUGGCUGAUCAAAGUGGUGGUGGAGUUGAUGCAUUCAUCCGGCAAUCUGAUCAUCUUUUAAUGAUGGUUGCAUAUAAGAAAUGGGACAAAAUUUUGAGUGUGCAUGGAGUUAAAGCAGCCCAAAAGUUUUGUGCUUCCCAUUUCAUAAGUAGCUCUGUCAUGUACAUGAUAAGGGACAUGAGAAUACAAUUUGGUACUUUGCUCGAUGACAUUGGGCUUAUAAAUAUUCCACAGCAGGUUGGCCGGAAAAAGAAAGAAAAGCUUGAGAAUUGGCUUUCAGAUUUGUCCCAACCCUUCAAUCAGUACUCAAAUCAACUCACACUAGUGAGGGCAGUACUAUGUGCAGGCCUCUAUCCUAAUGUUGCCACCAUUGAAGUGGGUAACACUGGUAAUCGAUCUGUAUGGCAUGAUGGAAAAAGAGAAGUUCGUAUACAUCCUUCUUCUAUUAACAGUAGCCAAAAAAAAUUUCAGUAUCCCUUUCUGGUCUUUCUUGAAAAGGUUGAGACAACUAAAGUGUUCCUUCGAGACACAACUAUUGUUUCACCCUACUCUAUUUUGUUGUUUGGUGGAUCAAUAAAUGUUCAGCAUCAAACUGGAUUAAUCAUUGUUGAUAACUGGCUGCAAAUGGCAGCACCAGCACAAACUGCUGUCCUCUUUAAGGAGCUUCGAUGUACACUUCAUUCUAUUCUAAAGGAGCUGAUUAGUAAGCCACAGAGCUCUGGUAUAACCAAUACAGAACUCAUGAUAUCGAUAAUUCACUUGUUCCUCGAAGAAGAUAAAGUGACCGAGUAAUCGCCUGCUGAAAAUUCAGGAUUGUUACAAGAUAGCAUUGCAAUAGGUCUUCUUCAAAGAAACAACAUUGCAAAGGUAAUCUCUAUCUACUUAAUAUUGGUGCGAAUCUUUCUUAGCUGCCCGUUGUUAGGCUGUUUGAAAAUUUGCAGCAGAUGUUGAUGAUUGAAGCUUUUCAGCAUUCAGGAUGUGGGGCCCGGGUAUAUGAACUACUCUUGUAAUUUUUUCGUUUUUUUUGGAUAACGUUGAUUUUUGUUUUUAAUCAUGUCUAGUGCUCUCCGGAUUGCCUAUGGUUCAACUGUUUUUAUAUCAUGGGGAAUUCAGCCCAACUCAGAUCUGGUUUUUGAUGUUGAGCGUUGAAUAAAUUGGUAGUUUAAUGCUUUGCAUUAUUGAACUAUCGUUCCAUUACUUCUUGUAUGAACUGAUGAAAUACUUUGUUAUCAAUUCAAGGAAUAAUGAUGGAUGACAUCCGUUUCUAAA